GGAGAACUGUGAUUCAUAUGGAGCGCAACCGUUUCUGCAUAUAUACAACUCGCAUCCAGCAAAGUCUGGCUUCUGCUGACUGCUGAGGAUGGAUCCAUUUCACCGCGCAACCCAACAGCGAGGUCGCGCACUCGAGAAGCCCGGCCGAUCUGCACGAAGAGGUCUUCGACUGCUGGUGCAACCCAUCGCACAUCGAGAUCCUCCAGGAAGUUUACAAGUGGGAAGGAGGCCAGGGAGACUUGUUCCUGCGAGCAAUCAACGUUGUAGCACCAUAGAUUCAUAAGCCGCGGGAGUGCUGAAACGAGGUGACGAAGCUGGGCGGCGCUCGACAAGGUGACAUUAACGAUGUUUAGAGUGUCAAUGCAGUUGAACGCAGCUAGGUAGCCGAUGUCAUGUGUUCGGACCAAGCCGAU